AUGAGUUGGGAUACGAUUGCCGCGAAGAAACGGCAAGCUCUUAGAGACGCGAUUCCUGCGGAAUGGGUGAUUCCUGCCAGCAUCUUCCCGCCAGACAGUCAAUUAGAUGUAACCACCUUUCCCCGACAGUCGGGUUGGUUUACGGAGCGGGAGCUGGAGAUCACAGCCACCCCGGCGCCGCAGCUCCUGUCCAAGCUGGCGUCUGGCUCAUGGAGCUCAGAGGAAGUGACGAGAGCAUUCUGCAAGACGGCUGCUGCUGCUCACCAGUUGACCAACUGUCUCUCGGAGAUCCUCUUUGAAAAGGCCAUCGCUCGGGCCAGAGAGUUGGACGCGCAGCUGAAGAAGACAGGCAAGACUGUCGGCCCAUUCCAUGGCCUCCCCAUCUCGAUCAAGGACAAUUUCAACAUCAUCGGCACGGAUUCCACCAUCGGAUUCGCCUCCUUGGUCAACGACCCCGCAACCUACAACAGCACCCUGAUCGACCUGCUGCUUGACGCCGGCGCCGUGCUCUACGUCAAGACCAACGUCCCGACAGCGAUGAUGAUUGCCGAGUCGGUGAACAACGUCUUCGGCCGCACCGUCAACCCGCGCAAUAGGAAGCUGACGUCUGGCGGUUCUUCCGGUGGCGAGUCGGCCUUGAUUGCCUUUGGGGGCAGUCGUCUGGGCGUGGGGACAGAUAUUGGUGGUUCCCUCCGUAUCCCGGCUGCUUGCACGGGUAUUUUCACUAUCAGGCCGUCGUUUGGCCGGUUCCCCAACUUCCAAACGCGCUCCGGUCUGGCCGGUCAAGAAGCCGUCCACAGCGUCAACGGACCCAUGGCGCCGACGCUCGAGGAGAUCGUCCUCUGGUCCAAGACCGUCGUCGGCCAAGAACCAUGGCUUAGGGACCCGAAGUGUCUGCCCAUCGCAUGGCGCAGCGUUCCGCCCAAACGUACGCUCAAGAUCGCGGUCCUGUGGAACGACGGCGUGGUCACACCUACGCCUCCGGUCACGCGUGCGCUGAAGCAAACGUUGGCCAAGUUGCAGGCCGCAGGCCAUGAGAUCGUGGACUGGGCACCGACGGGCCACGCCGAGCUGCUGGCGACGCUGGCGCGCAUGUUUGUCGCCGACGGCGGAAAGUCGGUCGAGAAGCUGCUCCAGCCGACCGGGGAGCCGUGGCGUCCGGAAAUGAAGGCCUAUCAGGAGGCGACGGAGCUAGGCGUGCAUGAGAUGUGGCAGCUACAGGUGGCGCGAAAUACCCUCUGCAAGGCGUAUCAGGACCGGUGGAAUGAGAGUGGGAUCGAUGCGAUAUUGGGCCCGACGACACCGUAUAGUUUUGUGGAGAACGGCAAGUUUGGGUAUGUGGGAUACACGGGCGUCUUCAACGUGCUGGAUUACCCGGCUGUAUCAUUCCCUUGUGGCGUGUACAGCGACAAGAGCGUUGACGUGGCGUAUGCCAAUCAUGCGCCAUUGUCGGAGGUGGACGCGCAGGUUCAAAGUGACUACUCCCCCGAUGCUGUGCACGGAAUGCCGGUGAGCCUGCAAUUAGUUGGCCGGCGCUUGGAAGAGGAAACGGUGUUGAUGAUGACCGAGGUGGUUUUACAGUCUCUGGAGGGGAAGAUUGGACACAAGCUAUGA